GUUCUCCCAAACGUUUAGCGAGUAUGGGUACGAUGUCUGAGGUUGAUUCUCGCGAAGCCGCUCAAUACGCCCGUCAAGGGUUUUAUACUUUGGCUGUUGCCAUGCGUGAAGUCGACAGUGCCUUUGUUCGCCAGGUUGUUGGAGGAGACUUGUUCUCUGCAGGAAAAGCUAGUUCCGACUCCACAGAAGAAGUGAUGCUUCGCCGAUCAGAUGUGGAAAAAGAUAUGCGAUUUCUAGGAUUGUUCCUGUUCGCAAAUGCAGUAAAGUCGGACUCUGCUUGUGUCAUCCGACAGUUUCAGGAUGCGUCUAUUUUGCCUCAGAUUAUCACGGGUGAUAACAUUUACGCUGCUGGCAGUGUCGCGGCACGAUGUGGCUUCUUUGAUGGUGAGUCUACGUCUACUUCUCCCUCUGUGGAUGCUGUGUCUGCCUCUAAGCAAGACCUAAGCACCCAGGUGGAC